AUGGCUCAUCUUCUACGCGGAACAGCCUUCAUCACUGGAGCAGGCUCUGGUAUCGGAGCCGGCGUGGCUCAUAAAUUCAUUCAAAACGGAAUAUCGAAGCUAGCGUUAGUCGACAUCAAUUCUUCCAAUCUUCAAAAAGUCUCCGAGUCGCUGAAACAAACAUCUCCUUAUGUGGAGCUGCUAACCGCAUCUCUUAACGUGACGAACGAAGCACAAGUCAACAAUGCGGUCCAGAAGGUCGCCACCAAUUUCGGUCGCGUGGAUAUUGGAGUUAACUGCGCUGGAGUUGGUGAUUCAGGAAAGCCCACACAUCAAUCAUCCCUAACGGACUGGCAGCGGGCAGUUGAUAUUAACCAGACGGGUGUGUGGCUGUCGCAGAGGGCACUUCUUCAGCAGAUGCUUACUCAGACAUCGUGUGGUACUCGACGUGGUCGUGGGGUUAUUGUUAACGUUUGCUCCUCUCUAGGCAUUUCUGCCUCGGCUACGGGUAUGCCUUUUCCCGCAUAUGUAUCCUCGAAACACGGCGUUAUGGGACUUACGAAAAUGGAUGCUAAGUACUACGCUUCGAGUGGAAUCCGCAUAAAUGCCGUUUGUCCAGGAUUUGUGUAUACGCCAAUGAUAUCGGAUGCAGUAGACUCGGGGGUCUUUAAGGAAGAAGUCGAGAGUUCACCAAUAGGGAGAGUAGCCGAUAUGGAGGAGAUCACAGACUCGAUUUUAUUCUUGGCAUCACCUAUGAGCAGCUACGUCUAUGGAGCAGGUUUAGUUGUUGACGGGGGAUAUGGACUUUAG